AUGGAAUCAAAUUCAAUCAAAUCAACCUCAAGCAUACCCAAAUCCAAUCAAAGCAAUAAAGAAAAUGUUCCACCAGUUUGCAAGAAUAAGAUCUCAAUUUCUCAAAUUGCUCCAUCAUCAUCAUCUUUCAAGAGCAAGAACAAGAAAAAGGUGAUUCAGCGAAAACUCAAACGAGUUCCUCUUGCUGAUAUAACCAAUCUCUGCAACAUUUCUUCUGCAUCUUCUUCAACUUCAACUAACUUUACUCUUUCUCACCAGCAACCACUAAUUGGAGUCUCGAUUUCUUGGAAGGGGACGCCAAAACCUUUCAAUCUUGCUUCUAAAUCAUUGAGGAUGGAAUUCAGAUAG